AUGGCAGAAGGAGUGUGUAAGACCGAGGAGGAUGAAGGACCGAGCACCGAGGAGGAUUCACUGUCUUUCCACGGGGUCGGCGUGUGUAAAUGGUUCAACGUCCGCAUGGGUUUCGGGUUCCUGUCCAUGACCAACCGAGAGGGAGUGCCACUGGACGAGCCGGUUGAUGUAUUCGUCCAUCAGAGCAAGUUGCACAUGGAAGGUUUCCGCAGCCUAAAGGAGGGCGAGGUGGUCGAGUUUACCUUCAAGAAGUCAUCAAAGGGCCUGGAGUCUCAGCGAGUUACCGGACCAGGUGGCAUCCACUGUCUAGGCAGCGAGCGAAGACCCAAAGGCAAGAAGGUCCAGAAGCGACGUUCAAAGGGAGAUAGGUGCUACAACUGCGGAGGCCUGGACCACCAUGCCAAGGAGUGCAAAUUACCACCCCAGCCCAAGAAGUGCCAUUUCUGCCAGAGCAUCGACCACAUGGUUGCCAACUGCCCAAUCAAAGCACAACAGUCCUCACCGGGUUCUCAGGGAAAACCGUCCUCCUUGAAAGGAGAUGAGGAGGAGCACAGCCACUCGGCACUGCCUCCUGAGACCUCCGAUUAAAAUGAUGAAUCGGGCAACACUGACACCGGGGAAGCACAGAGGCCAAUCAAACUGCUUUGAUGGGAUGGGACACACGACCCCCUUCCACCUGUUGAAGCUGCUUUUGGAACUACCUCAGGUUUAAAAAAAAAAAUUUCUCAUGAAGAAUGUUGCUGAAGUUUUUUUUUUUGUUUUGUUUUAAUUUGGUGUAACACUCAGGAAUACUGCUGUAUUAUUGCACUCAGGACGCUUUCUAAAUAUUUGAAUCACUGCUGUUUUUUGAGGGUUUUGAGAUUGUAGUGACUAAUGCCAUUUAACGGAUUAUCCUAAUAGUUUUUUUCAGAAUCUGCGAUUUCUUUUUUUAUGCGAUACUGUGUCUCUACUGUGGGCAUUAUACCUCUUGUUUUUGCAUAAUACUUAGUUUGCGUGUUUAGUAUGGAGCUACACUUUUGCUGCCUUACCAUUUAGUCUUCUUCCUGACUGUUACACCUCACUAUCCGACAAGGCAGAGACGUGACAGUUAGUACCUCUGUAAUGAAUGUUAGCUUGCAUAUCGCAUGGGGAACGGGAGGGUUGAUGAAAACACAUGGGAUGGGUUUUAGGGUAUAGCUAUAGGCAAUGUAUUGGCAUUUGCUAAUAUUGCAAUUGACCAUCCAGUUUUCCUGAGGCCAAAUGAAUGUCGGACCAGAAGUGGUUUCCAGCUUUUGGUCAGAGUUAUUUUGUUGUAAUUUCAUUAUUUUCAUCCAGCGUUUUGCUGGCUGACUAAAAGUGCACGAUCUACCUCACUGGUGCAUGUUUGGUCUGCUACUAAAACUGUCAUCCUAACUGCUGAUGGUAAACCAAAUAUUCUCAGAAUACAUCUUUGGAGAUUGUGAUUUGAAUUGGGAUUAAAUCAAAUCCUUUUUGCACUACAGUAUUUACACAGGAUUAGCCAUUAGUUGUAUUAUACCUCCUUAAAGAGUCACUUAACACUCCCUGAAAAGCUUCAGUUUUUGUUGACAUCCAGUGGUUGAACUUCUCAUCUUGCUGAGGUGAUGCACAGGUGUACUCCAGGAUCCUGUGAUAUCUUUCUUCAGAUAACUUAUUCACCUGGCACACCUGGCCAAGUUGGAAUGAAUGUUGGAUUUGCAGCUUUUGAAAAGUUACACAAAUUGUCAGACAGACACAGAGCGUUUUCUGAAGCUUUUUGACAAUCCAACAGGCAUUUCUUACAUUGUAUGCUUGGCCACUUACAUCUCAGGAACCUAUAUGUAGUCAGGUGUGGUCUGUUGUACUGUUGAUAUAGAGUGGUACUAUAGCUUCAAGCUACAUCACAGUGUGGAGUGUGGAAAAACAUGUUGUGAUCAUUAUUUGGUAGGGAAUGCAAAAUUAUUAGACUGGGUGUAGUUACUCUUAAACAGAGAAGGCAAAACGCUGCUUUUCAGUUUGGUGUUAAAUUAUUCUUUAACCUUUCUGGGAGCUGGAAGUAUUACAUUCGUGAACUUUCCAUCUACACUAUAUUCUCAUUUUAUUGGCUGCUGUGUGAAAGGCUGCUGCUUUUUUUUUUGUUAUUACCUCAACAUGGAUUUGAUAGAAUUCCAAUGAAUGUGAUACUAAACCCAAAACAUGUACAACUUACUUUCUAAUAAGAUACUUGACCUGGACUGAGUUACUGAGGCGUCCAGCUAGCUCUCCUCUUGAUACUUGAAGAAAACGAGGCAGAAUCAGACAUGAUGUUGCCAGUGGGAAGGCUGGUGUUUUUGUUUAUAUCCAGUGUGAUCCAUUUAUAGGUAGUUAUUUAAGACAUUACCUCCCUAUAACCCUUUGUAGGGUAAUAGUUCAGGAACACCAAGCCUGCACGGAGGAGCAUGUAGAACUAGCUAGCUAAUCAGCAUUUUACUCCCAUUUUACAGGAGAAGCUGACGAGACUUUUACACCCAAUUAAUAUAUAUGUAAAAUUAUUCUAAAGCCUUUUUUAAAAAGAAAAUCAUACUACGUAUUUAUUUUCAUCCAAGAAUGCUGCAGCUUCUCCUGAUCCUGUCAAAGCCUCUCAGCAAUUAAUGUUUGAUUAGACGUCAGAAAACUGCUAAAUGUCAUUCAAAGCUACAUAAUGACUCGAGAAUAUAUUUGGGUAACACAUUUUUUUAACAUUGAGGUACUCGUGUUACUUACUUGAUAAAUCAUUGUCCUUAAUAAUCCAUUGCAGUAUAAAUCCAGUGAUAUUGCAAUACAAGAGUAACAAUAUAAAGCACAUACUGUACAGGUACAUAGUAUUAUGACUGACUUAAACUGUGUUUCUUUUAUUUCCUUGUAUGUUUUUUUUAUUUACUUUCUAUUUUUGUGCACAAUGAGUCUUUCACGAGAGGCACAUUGUUAUUCCUAACUAUGCCAAAACCAAUGCAAUGUUACUCUGCACUAAUCAUGUGUAAGAUGCAUUCAUUUCCUUUUUUUAUAUUCAAUUUAAUCUCUUUUGAAUAUGUGUUACAUAUUUUAUAUUAUAUGUUUUUAGAAUUUCAUAUACCACAUACAGUUGCUUGCUGGUUGGGAGGAAAAAAAAACCUACACUCUUAGUCUCAUCUCAGGAAAUGCCAAUCUGAAAAACUCAGGGAUUACUUCAGAUUGAUUGGAAAGAGUCGAGGAGUGUUUAUUCAGGACAAAAUUGGGAUUAAUUGCUCACCCGCAUGAUGUGAAACAUAGGACAAGGGAGCGAAAGUAAAACGGGCUUAGUAUUGUUUGCUUUUGAAUGUCUAGGUGCAACAAUUUCUCUUUUUAUUCAUUAAAAAUACUAAGAUUGUGUCAAAAAAAAGCAAUGAUUACAAAUGAUGUGAAGCAGUUAAGAUUGAGAUUUACAUGCUUUUUGACUGAAUUUUCCAUGCACCCAGUUUGAUAAUGUUCUUUAUAUUUUCUCCACUUUGACAUAACAUGCCAUGAUAUAAUAUGAUAUGAAGAAAAUGUUCCACUAUUAUUGUAUUUUUUUCCUCUAUAAUCGUUGUAGAUGGGGAUGUAGUAGAAUAUUGUUAAAAGGGACUGGGGCUGGUAGUAUAUAAUCUGGGGUUGUCUCAUCUCAACACAUGGCUGAUACUUGGUGUUUCAGACUAUCAAUGCUUAUGACAAAAGAAUGUGUCAUGGAUGAAUUAACACUCAAAUCUUGCUUUGUAGUCUAAUGUUAGGUUGUGUUUAUAUACUAUACGUUUUCCAAGCGUAAAGGUUACGUAAGGAAACACUUUUUUGAUAAUUACACUCAGGAUGUAAAAGGACAGAAAGAUUGUGAAUGUAAGUGCUCUGAUUAGGUGGAAUGGUUUCAUUUUUUUUCUGCAUAUUUACAUUGAAUUUACCACUUACAAUUAUAAUGCCAGUACAUCCUCUAACUAAAUUGAACACUUUCCUUUCUCUGCAUUGAAAAGGUGUGCACACAUAUGACUUUUGUUCAUCAAUUUCUGUGAUUGUAACUUUUUAAUCCCUGAAUCUACUGAAUACCUCAUCUGUCAAAGUCUAACUGGUGACACCCACUAUAAGGUUGAACAAAAGUGUUGUAUUGUAAUGUUUGCAAUAUUCUGCUAUACUGUGAUGUUUUCAAAGUAUCAUUUGGAAACUAAAGUCCAUGACAGAAGUUGUGAUUGCAACAAACCUGUCUGACCCCUCAGUGGUGUGUUACUGUGAUUUGAUUGUCGGGUGUUGGAUGGGUUAGAAAAUAUCUUGAAAUAACUUGAAAAUCCAAGGACCUGUAAGACUAUGUGCUCAGGGUAACAUUUGAAGCACACCAAAGCAUUCUGCAUCAUAGUUUGCUCUGUGUGGUACAUUUUGUUUGUGACCAUCAGCCAUUUCAUUUGUGGUGUUGUAUCGUCAGGUAAGUGGCUAGAGCUUCUUCCAAAAACGUGCAUUUAAUACUGAUGAAUGUAUCAGUGUUUACUGCCAUAAACUUACAAUUAUCUUGAUCUCAGGCAAUUUAAUGGCUAGUUUGUCAAUGAUGAGCAGCAUGUAGGCUUUUCAAAGUAUUACUGUGAUUAUGUUUCUAUAUGUAAAGAUCUGCUCCAUUUCCUAAUAAAUAUGUCAGUAUC